AUGAGUAAAUCUAAUGGCAUUAAUAAUUGUUGUAAUAAUGAUAAUAAUAACAUCAAUAACAGCUGUAUUAAUGGUAUCGCUAACGGGUUGGCCACCAAAAAAUCGGUGGACACGACUAUUAGACUGAGAGCGGCCACCUAUUUGGCGCCCACUAUACCGGUCGGCUAUUUUGAGAUAAUAUUGGAGUAUUUGAAGCUAAAGAUUGGUUAUAUUGAUACCAGUUUGCGGUACGAAUCAAAUGUCGAUAAUUUAAAUAAGAUAUUUGCCAACAACGAGAUCGAUAUGGUGCAGGGAUUAUAUCUGACUAUAAUAUUGGAGUAUUUGAAGCUAAAGAUUGGUUAUAUUGAUACCAGUUUGCGGUACGAAUCAAAUGUCGAUAAUUUAAAUAAGAUAUUUGCCAACAACGAGAUCGAUAUGGCCUGGAUUAGUGACGCAAAUCAUCUGAAUCUGUUACGUACGGGACAGGUAGCACUGUUGCCGGUAGCCACAGUGCACAGUCAUCCAAAAUUGCAGCGCAGUCCCGAUGACGGCAAUGGUAACGAUGAUGGCAACAUUAAUACACCCGGAUACUAUUAUGACGUGGUUAUACAUAAAUCGCUCAGGCCGCGCGUCAGCUGUUUCGGUGACCUCCGCGGCUGCCGCUGGACCUACAAUGUUAACCAACCGACCGCUGCCCAUCUGCUAACAGUUAAUGAACUGAAAAAAUUGGGCGUAAAUGGCCACUUUUUCGGACACCAACAACAGUCCGGGUCGGAUCUACAAUCAAUACAUAUGAUAUUGAAUGGCCAGUCGGACGCUACGGCCGUCGAUAGUAAUUGUUUGCAAAUAUUUCUCGACCGAAACCCGCAACUUAAGCCCGAACUGUUGGUAUUGGUAUCAGUUGGUCCAUUGGCACCCUAUCCGAUAGUUGUCAACAAUUUGAUGCCCCAGAAGCUCCGGGAUGAAAUUUGCGAUGCACUGAUUGGUAUGCAUCGGGACCCGUAUUUUGGCAAACGAUUGGCCAAAUAUAUGGUCAAACGGUUUGUCCGGAUCAGCAAACAAGAUAUUAUUGGCGACGAUAAUAGCAUUACUACUACUAAUACUAGUAAUAAUAAUGUUAGUGAUUAUAAUGAACAGUCGUCUAAAGCUAACGGCGCCGAGUUUUAUAAUGUUAGAUAUUAUUAGUGAGAUAAUGGGGGUAUGGGAUG